AUGAAAUUUACUAAACAUUCCAGAUCAUUGACCAAUGAGAUUCUGGGCCUGAAGAUCCCACCAGAGCCGGUACUGAACGCCAACACGGUGUGCCUGACGUUACCGGGCUUGACCCGUCGCCAGAUGGACGUCUGUAUGCGACAUCCAGAUGUGGCGGCGUCGGCCAUACAGGGGAUACAGAUCGCUAUCCACGAAUGUCAGCACCAGUUUCGGGAUCACCGGUGGAAUUGUUCCAGCCUGGAGACUAAGAAUAAGAUUCCGUAUGAGAGCGCCGUGUUCAGCAGAGGCUUCAGAGAAAGUGCCUACGCUUAUGCCAUCGCUGCUGCCGGGGUGGUGCACGCCGUCUCCAACGCUUGUUCCAUGGGUAAAUUAAAAUCCUGCGGCUGUGAUGAGAAGAGGAGAGGAGACGAGGAAGCCUUCAGAGCCAAAUUACACAGACUGCAAAUGGAGGCAAUGAACCGAGGGAAGGGCAUGGUACACGGGGUAAUGGAGAACAUGCCAGCAGAGGCCCCCGGGCCCCAGGACUCUUGGGAGUGGGGAGGAUGCAGUCCCGAUGUGGAUUAUGGAGAAAGGUUCUCCAGGGACUUCUUGGAUUCUCGGGAACUUUACAGGGACAUUCACGCCCGUAUGAGGCUGCACAACAACAGGGCAGGCCGGCAGGUUGUGAUGGAGAACAUGAAGAGAAAGUGUAAAUGCCACGGCACGUCCGGCAGCUGCCAGCUGAAGACCUGUUGGCAGGUAACGCCUGAAUUCCGUCUGAUCGGCGCCCUCCUGAAGGAGCGGUUUGCGCUGGCCACCAUGAUCCGGCCCCAUAAUCGUAAUAACGGACAACUGGGUCAGCUGGACCAGACUCACGCCCCCUACAGGAGACGAGCCGGGAUCACGGACUUGGUCUAUUUCGAGAAGUCGCCGGAUUUCUGCGAGCAGGAGCUCCACCUGGACUCGGCAGGGACGCAGGGGCGGAUCUGCAACAAAACUAGCCCGGGGAUGGACAACUGCGAGAGCCUGUGCUGCGGCCGCGGACACAACAUCCUGCGCCAGACGCGGAGUGAGCGCUGCAACUGCAAAUUCCACUGGUGCUGCUACGUGGUGUGCGAGGAGUGCCAGAUCACCGAGUGGGUGAGCGUGUGCAAGUGAAGGGAACCAGAGAAAUAAAAAAAAUUAAAAAAACACGCCGCCACCUAUGCGCUCGCCGCCGGAGGUACAGGAAACAUGCCAUAGUCCACACUCGGCCGACCACGGGACACGGAACUGACACGUCCGUGAUGGGAUUUGCUGCAAAGACUGAGAUCGUUACGGCUAAGUGUAACAAAUAUAAGGGAGAAGCCAUGUUUUAUAAGGGUUAAUCCUGUGCU